AUGUCAGCUAGAGUUUUAUCAGUGUAUUAUAACCGGAACAGACUUGGUGCUGCAUGUUAUGAUCAGGAAACGGCCACAAUAUUUGUGCUGACCGAUUUGUUGGAGGAUGAGGAUGAUUUCCGGAUGGCACAUUCCUUAUUGUUGCAAUUGGAACCAUCAAUAGUGAUUGUUAGUAAAAUGCAAGAUGUCAAUCUUCUAACGAAACUUAAUAAGUUAUGUUUUGGUGAGAAAAAUAGCACUGCUACCAAAAUACCAGACAAACAAACUGAACAGAAUUCUGCGAUAAAUGAAGAAGAAAUGGAUGAAAAAGAUGAGGAGGAUGUCGAUGAAAAUGAGGAACAAACAGAGGAAAGACCUUUAAUUGCAUUACAUUUGAUGCCAAGUGUUGCUUACAAUUUUGAGGAUGCUAAGAAGCGUAUUUCGUCUCUUUUUGAAUCACUGAAUUUAACCGAGGAAGAGAAUCAUCUUCGAUUGGCAUUUCGAGUAGAUUUAACAGCUACGAAUAUGAUUUCUGCUUUUGGUGCUUUGUUGAAAUAUUUAGACGCUGUGCGGUUAGGUGUGGAAUUUGAAGACAUCAAUACGAAAACACCCAUCAGCACAAUUAAAACGAUUACCCUAGAAGAAAUGUUGCAAAUGGAUGACAGUUCGAUGCGUGCCUUGCAAAUUUUUCAAGAUGAUCUACAUCCGUCAGCUUGCAAAGCGUAUUCGGUUGGUGGUGCUCGUGAAGGGAUCAGCUUAUUUCGUAUGUGUAAUCGAUGCCAGUCAAAAAGUGGCGAAGCUUUACUUCGGCGCUGGUUUGAAAGACCAACCACAAAUCGAGAAACGUUAACAAAUCGUGUGACAGCUAUUCAUUAUUUCGUGCAAGAUUGCAAUUUAGAUUCAGCUGAUUUCAUACGCAUAAGAUUGAAGAAAAUUUGCAUUUUAAAAGGAAUUCUCAAAAGAGCGAAAUCACAACGUUUAUCGGUUAAUGAUUGGCGAAAUCUUUAUAUGACAUGCAAUACAGCACAGCAAAUCAUGGAUUAUAUUAAAAUGCGAGAAAUAAAACUUAAAUUAUUUGAGAAUGAUAUAAGAAUGGUUGGCAGUGAUAUUACACGCAUCACAGCUGUCAUUUUUGAAGUUAUCAAUUUUUCGGAAUCAUUUGUGGAAAAUCGAUUUGUCGUAAAUGCAAAUGUUGAUGGAAAUUUGGACCAAUUGAAAAAAUUGUAUGCGUCAUUGCCAGAAACACUAACACAUAUUGCAAGAAUGGAAGCUGUAGCUUUGAAUGUACCAUCGGCAGUAUGUUACGUACCAAUGUUUGGUUAUUUAUUAGUGGUACCAAAAAAUACGGUAUUUCCAUUAUCUGUUCAGAAUGAGAUUGAACUUUUGUAUGAGAUAGAAGAUGCAUUACAUGUGAAAAAUGAUCGAAUGCGUCAACUUGAUCGAGAAAUUGGUGAUAUAAAGAUGGAAAUAAUUGAUAUUGAAACAAAUGCAAUGUUAAAACUAAAACAAUUAAUUUGCCGGUAUGAUAAAGCUAUCCGUCAAGCAAUUAAUAUUUGUGCCAAAUUGGAUUGUAUUAUUUCACUUGCACUAACAGCUCGUGAAUAUAACUGGUAUUGUCCACGUUACGUGGAUGAGUCUGUAAUUGACGUAGAUGAUGGAAGACACGCUAUCAUGGAGUUGCUAUCAAAGACUAAAUUCGUUCCAAAUCCAAUUCGUUCUGGAGGUGCACAAACAAAGGUGAAAAUUCUAAUGGGACCAAACACAUCAGGCAAAAGUAUUUACCUGAAACAGAUUGGAAUUAUCGUAUUUCUUGCGCAUAUUGGAAGCUUUGUGCCAGCAAAAAGUGCUACUAUCGGACCAGUGGAUCGCAUCAUUACAAGAAUGCAUUCACUUGAUUGCGUAUUAGAUGGAAUGUCAACAUUUGCAAAUGAUUUGUCGCAGAUGGCUAUCGCACUACGACGUGGGACUGGAAAUUCCCUUAUUUUGAUUGAUGAGUUUGGUAAAGGCACAGUUAUGGAAGCUGGACUCUCUCUGCUAACAUCAUCAUUGAAUUACUGGAUUCGAAAAGGCAAAACCGAUUGUCCACAUGUUUUUGCUGUAUCUCAUUUCCAUUCACUAAUUGAUCAUAUCGUUAAGGAUGUCAACUUAUUAUCAUUUUUGACAAUGGAUGUAAUCUUAAAUGAUGGAAAUUUUGAUUUUCAAUACAAACUUGUUGAUGGUUUUAUUGACUUUUCACAUGCAUCAUAUGUUGCAUCCAAAGUAGGCAUUGGUGAUGAAGUUAUAAAACGUGCAAAUCAGAUUUAUGAAUGUUUAAAGUGUAAUAAACCCAUAGAUCCUUUGGAUGAUGAUGAUGGAGAAUUAUUAUUCAAAAUUGUACCUUUGUUGGAUAAUCUGAAGAAUACUGAUUUUAACGUUGAUCUCAAAAAUUUCUUGCAAAUUAUGACUGAUUUAUUGCUACCAGUGAAAGAGCGAAAUGCAACAUUAAUGGAGGAAAUGAAUGAAAAUAUUGAUAUGAACAUACAAAAUGAUGAUAGCAUUAAUGUAGAACAGAUCGAUUUAACACGAAGUGAUGAUCAAAGGAUAAAAUUAGGGCAAAACGACUCUCAUGCAUCAUCUUCUGGAGUGUUACAAAGAUUAAAUGAUUCAGCUAUAAUUUUGACAGAUUUGUUGCAUGGACCAGAAGACAAUAAUAGUACUAUGAUAGAUAUAUUUGAGUCGUGUCUAAAUGCCACAGGAAAAUCGUCAAUAAUGAAGAAAACGCAAUUUGAACAUGCAAGUCUUAAUUUGUUCAACUAG